AUGACAAAUUAUAAGGUUUAAAUUAAUUGAGCAAUGGCAGCGAACCUGGCUUUGGAAAAGCCAUGACUCUCUCAAUUUUAAAAUAAAAAAGCCUCAAUUAAUAUCCAUACACUUUUAAGUAAAACUUCAGUUAAAACUAAACCUGCAAAACAUAAACACACAAUUUCAUUUCUGAAGAGCUAGGUAUAAACGGAAGCUUAUUUACAUCCGGGUGAAAAUAACCACACAGUGGAGCUAUUUGCACACUUAAACACCAAUUAAAAAAAAAAGCAAACAAAUACAAAAGUGCACAUGUGCACCCAUUACUGGCACAUGCUUGACCACAUGUUCUUGGCUCGCCAGCUAUUUACAGCACUGCACAGUAAAAUAGUCAGGGUUACCCGGAAAUGACGUAUUUUAUAAAUGCACUGUAAGAAGUGACGUUUUGUUGUCAGUGAUUGAACUGCAGGGCGGAGUGGGUUACCUUAGGAAGCCACCCUGUGAGAAGAUGGGGGGUCAGGAGCGAUGUGGGGCUGAAGCAAAGCCAGAAGAAUCAGUUCCACGUGGUACCUGUACCACUAUGUGUCCCAUCUCAGAAGUCAGGCGGCGGGAAAAACACAGGCAGUUACACUGCUUUGAGCUGGAACGUGGGACAGAGAAAGAGCGCAUGCCCCAUGCUGAUCUCUCUCGCACUGUUAAAGAGUACUCUCGUCCUGCAGCUGGUAAAGAUAGCACCAGAGCCUGUGAUCUGCGACCACCGGACGUUCUGUUCAAGACAGUGUGUUACUUGGUGGAUGAAAUAGCAGCCUCCCCUACAUUGCAGCCCUGGACUGAGGUCUACAGCUUUGUGUUCGACCGUUUGCGCAGUGUGCGGCAGGACAUGGUCAUCCAGCGUGUGUCUGGCAAGGAGUGUGUGGCAGUGCUUGAGAGAACAGUGCGCUUCCACCUCUAUGCAUCAUACCGGCUGUGUGGUGAGCCUCUGCAGCUCUAUGACCCCUAUAUCAACAACACACACCUUCAGGAGUGUCUGAGCUGGCUGCUGGAAUGCUACAGUGAGGGACAAUAUGAGCAUCAGGCAGAAUUCCAAGCUCUCAGCCUGCUCUACAACCUGGGUUCCACAAGGACAUUGCAGUGUGCCCUCGAGCUGCCUGAAAGGGUGCGUGUCUCUCCUUCAGUUCAGUUAGCUCUGGCAGUUAAUAGGGCUUAUAUGGAGCGCAACCCUGUACGCCUUCUACGUCUGGCCCAGAAACUGGACUUCAUACAAGCCUGUGCCCUUCACAGACACCUACUUUCCUGCAGGAGUGAUUUGCUGCUCCUCUAUAGCCAUGGACACAAUAGCCGAAACUGCCGCUUUCCCAUCCAGAAGUUAGCAGAGGUUCUCUUCCUGGAGUGUUCACUCACUGGUCAGCUUUGCCAGGCACAUGGAAUCCAAGUGAGUGGGGACUGUGUGGUGUUCUCUAAAACCUCCUUUUGUGAGAGCCCAUGUAAAGAGUUGCAGUGUGCACAAAUGCACAAACUAGUGGAUGAUAAGCAACAAAACCUUUCAGUAGGCAGUAUCAUUCAUGGCAUUGCCUGAACACGUGGUUAAAAGGGUGGUUCAGUCAAAAGUACCUCAUUUAAAUGUACACUUUUUUGUUUGUUUUAAAUGUAUUACUGUGAAUGUUCUGCCAUAGUUUUUAAAGUGUAAUUUUUGGAAUUUUGCGAUAUGCAUAUACAGUAAUAAAGCAUUUGCUUCAAA